AUGUAUGUGAAAUGGUUUGAUACAGUAAUGUUUUACUAUGUGAUUUUAGUGAUUUUAGUGAAUGUCACUUUUUGUCAUUUUUGAAUUUCCCGCCGUUCCGUCCCCCGUACGUCCCGACGCUCACAGGGGACGGAACCCAGAUGACAGAUGCUGGCAUCCGCCGGAUUACAUUGUCGGGGACACUGCAGGAGGGACAUCGUGGGAGCGCAGGACAAGGUAAGUGAUACAGGGAUCGUGGAGCAGCGCCGCAUGGUAUUCCCGAGUGUAGCUCGGGGUUACCGCUUGUGCUACACUCGGGAAUACCGCCAGGGAGGU